AACCCCUCGUCGUUGCCAUUCUCACUCUCCUUCUAACGUCUGCCAUCCCUCUACCUCUCUCCCUGCUCGUCGUCGUCGUCGUUCUCGACAUCGUCGACAUCCUCCUCUUUGCCUCAAGCUACUGUCAACAUCGUAGUAGAGCAUCGACGCGGACAUCUCUUCAAUCUCAGUCACUCAUUUCAUCCAACUGCACUUCUUUUGUUCUCUCUUUUUUGCCUGCAACGAACCUACCCUGUCUACAAACGGCCGGCCGUGAUUGAACAGUAGAGGACGCGUCUUCCUCUAGCCAAUCCUUCAACACCCACCGUCUAUCCGACAAUGCACCGUCCUUCCAUAUUACUUCUUCUCCUCAUCUCUCUAGGGGCCGUACAAGGGCUGUCGUACGUGCGCGACCACACGCGACCUCCAAGGGAAGCACCUCUACCCGUUGCCAAGCGUGAACUGUCAGGCGGUAUCGCAGCCGCCCAUGUCGCGCGUAACAAUGCGCACCAUCAUGGACGUAUGAUUCGCCGGCGCACUGUCCAGGCCAAUGUAGAGAGGGAUAUCAUCACGUCUUUGUUUCCCCCCAAUCCUGCCGGAAACGCCGCACCUACACCCACAGGGAAUGCAACGAGUACAUCGUCCGAUACGACUUCCAGCUCGUCAUCCACCACUAACAGCACCAUUCCCACCGAUUCCCUUAGCAGUACUUCUUCCUCAUCCACUACCACUACCAGCACUACUUCUACCUCUGCUACUACGUCCACCACAUCCACAAACUCGACAACCACUACCUCCAGCACCACAAGCACGACUCCCACAAGCUCCGACACCACCCUUCCUCAAGCCACUGCUCCUGCUCCAGACAACAAUCAAGACAAUCAAGUGAGCACGCAGUAUCAGUACGUGACGACUGGGUCGCGUCCGUCCAUAUCUUCAAGUCCUACGUCAUCGGCGGGUGCCUCCGGUGCUACGACGUCCUCGACCUCCAUCGCUAAGAAUACGUUGAUCGCUAUCAUCGUCAUCGCGUCCGUCGUGGGUGUUUCGGCAGCUGCAUUCACCAUCAUCCGGAAAUGGAAGUUCGGCCCGUCGAGCAAGUUCGAAGAGCGCAUGCAGCCUAUCGAUUUCUCCCCCGGUGGUGGAAUGGAGGAGGUCGAGGAGAAGGCCCACAACCGAGGCACGAGUGGUGGAUCCUGGGAAGCUGGUUCUGGGGAGAAGAAUGAUGCCGGUCUCGCAGCGGGUGGAUCCACGUACCCCGAUGCGUCUCCUUCAGAGGCGUAUGCCUCUUAUCCGCAAGCGCAUGACUACACGUCGAACGGCGCGUACCCGGCACACGACUUCACUGCUGGCUCCACGGGCGAGUACGGCUACAGCGGUCAGGAGCAGUACGGCUAUGCCGAUAUGCAGCGUGGCGGUGACCCGCACGCUCAGUACUACGCCGAGCAGCAGCACUAUGCGGACCCUAGCCAUCAAGGUGCCGACUUGGCGCGUGGGCCGAGCGCGAACUAUGGCCAGCACGCCCAGUAUGUCCAAGAGGGCGCUGAUCUGACACGUGGCCCAAGUGCGAACUAUGGACAGCACGCACAGUAUGCCCCAGAAGGCGCGGACUUGACGCGUGGCCCGAGCGCAAACUAUGGUCAACAGGCACAUUAUGCCCAGGAGAAUGCAUACGCACAGCAAUUCCCUGGGUACGGCAACAAUGGCGGCUACCCAUCGCACGGCCAGCAACAGUUCCAUGGCGGAUACUAAGUUCUAGGCACGUGGAGCAUUCAUGAUUUCGACAGCGACAUUGCAUACAGCACAACUGCUUUCUUUUACUUUCCAUCUUUCCCCGCGCUCGUUUUAUUCCGAGUGUCCGGCAGUGCCGAGCACUCAUUUUCUUGUAUCUUGCUUUUAACCCCGUCCUUGCGUACCUCAAGUUUUCCCCCUGCGACACGACUUUUUUGCUUGAUUUUUUGUUCUGCCACCGCCGUCCAUGCAAGCAGCCUAUCUUCCGACAUAUCACUCUCUUUCAUGUCCGAACCUGUGCUCACAAGAUAUCCUACUGUUUUGGCAUCCCUUUCUUCGUGCCGCAUAUGAAACCGAGGCGAUGCUUGUGGACGGGAGAUGCGUUCUGAUGCGCUACUGUAAUGCCUGCAGUGAGCAGAUAGCUAGGAGGAAUGUAGUGCGUUGAUA